AUGGCUUCCAAGGCUCUCGGUUUUGCAAGACCGCUCACUAUUGCGGUAUUUGGAGAUAAAAAAGUCGGCAAGACUGCACUAAUUCGACGAUUUAUCGGGCAGAGUUUCUCAAAGCAACAUAACCCUACUGUGGAAGAUUAUUACGAGGAAGAAAUCAUUCGAGGAACUCACAGAUGCAGACAACUCAAAAUCUUGGACACGACGGGGUCCUACGAUUUCCCGGCGAUGCGACAAAUAGCGAUCUCAAAGUCGGAAGCGUUUAUUCUUGUCUAUUCCGUGGACGAUCCAAAAUCUUUCGAGAAAGUGAAAUGGCAUCGACAAGAGAUCUUAAAAUACAAAGGACAAACCAAAGUUCCUAUUUUGAUCGUAUGCAACAAGACGGAUCUCACAGACACAGCCAGUUUAGAAGCGAUGGUGAAAAAUUCAAACAAUUCCGAAGCUUUGCCGUUUUCUGAUGAACUGCGAGCACAGAAGAAAAUCGUUGAUGAAUGGAAGUGUAAAUUAAUGUUUACAUCGGCGAAAGUUCGCUGGAACGUUAACAAAAUUUUCUAUGAACUUGUGGAUAUUGAAGAAGAAAAAAACAAUCGGUCGGCAGACAAACACACCGACCAACGACGUCGGUCAAGUCUGUGGUUUCAAAUAGUUUGUCCGACGAAUCGGCAACAACGACCUAAACAUCUUGUCAGGACAAGAUCUUUAUCAGCUUAG